GAACGUAAAAACAUACCCGAACGCAGCCAUGUUGUUUGCAUGUGACAAAUACAAUUUGAUUAGGUGUAUGGAAGAAGUCGGAGCUCAAGGGUGUAGACGAGUUUCCCUCAAGUAAUUACGAGUUGGAGAGGCGUUCAAGUGGAUGUUCCAGUCAUAUGCUCGUAUUUAAAAGAUGCUAUGAACGCAGUAUCGUCUCGCGCAUGUGGAUUGAAACGUCCCUCAGACGAUAAAGCUGAUAGGUCGGGAUGGGAAUUUUGCGACCCCCCCACUCAGCAAACUCUUCGUAAUGACAUUGCUUUGUAAACACAUUUACAAUCUGUUAUUUUCGUUGAUGCGGCGCGUGAAAUAUCUGUAGGAAGCUAAAUUAGAUGGGUGCGGUGUUCAAGUAAGAGCACGCAUCAACAGCACUAGUGAAAAGCUGUAAAACCGGAUGGAAUUUACUGUCAGUUCGUGAAUGUUUUAAUCGUGUGAAAGCCUGCCCAUUUCGUUGCUACCAGUCAAGCGAGAGGUAGCGAGAGAGACCAGCCAUCCAGCCGACAAUGUGGAAGACGAGGGUCCCUAAAAAGCAAAUCCCGUUAGGUGGAAACGGCUAUGAAACCAACCCGUAACACCUGGGGACAAGAUGAGCAGUUGACUUGACGUUUUGCCUUACCCGAAACGAUAAAUAACAGGUAACUUUGACUCUCGUAACCCUCGAGAAGCGUAUUCGAAGAAUCCGAGAUAAUGGUGGCUCUCUCAUCGGUUUUAACGCCACUUGCUCGGCAGCUGCACAGACAUCUCAUCAAGCAAACUAAAGGUCAACGUUUGAUACCUGUGAGAAGAUGCAACCUCACCGCAUGUUCAAGCAAAUAUGUGCUUUCUGCCUUGCAUCCAAUGUGGCAGGGACCACUCGUUGCUCCAGGGGGUAACAGACAAUCUCCUAUCGAUAUUCGGGUGCGUAAGAGCGUUUUUGAUCCGCACCUUAAGCCGCUGACGCCGGAUUACGACCCUGGGACGUGCUCACAGAUAUGGAACAACGGGUACUCAUUCCUGGUUGAGUACGACGACACCACCGACAAAUCCAUACUUAAAGGGGGUCCUCUGGAAGAUAACUUCCGGCUGUGUCAGUUCCACUUCCAUUGGGGGGAGAGCAACGCGUGGGGUUCCGAGCAUACCGUGGACCGCCGCCUCUUCCCUGCUGAGCUCCACAUGGUCCACUGGAACUCUAAUAAGUACAGGCGGUUUGAGGAAGCUGUGAUGGAGGAGAAUGGACUGGCUGUCAUUGGAGUCUUCCUCAAGAUAGGGAAGAGACAUGAGGGACUGCAGAAACUAGUGGAUGCCCUACCUGCUGUCAGACACAAGGACAGUGUUGUUGAGUUCACUAGGUUUGACCCAGCCUGCCUACUGCCUGCUAACAUUGACGAUUACUGGACGUAUGCAGGGUCACUGACCACUCCUCCUCUGACUGAGGCAGUGACCUGGAUUAUCAUGAAGCAGCACAUCGAAGUCAGCCAUGACCAGCUGGCAGUGUUCCGGAGCCUUCUCUUCACCUCGGCAGAGGAGGAGGUGCAGAAGAGCAUGGUCAACAACUUCCGCGUGCAGCAGCCCCUGAGGGGCCGCACUGUGCGGUCCUCGUUCACCCCCUUCCUGCAGCAGGAGCCACCUGCAAAAGGUCCACAGACAGGCCACUGACCGGUACACACUAACUCACUCGGACCCUUCAAACCAAAAUUAUGCAAUUACCCUAGGAAGCCUUUUUUUUUUUACUCUACAGAAGUCAUACUGCUGGCAUCUUCUUUCCAAAUGCCUUAUGCAUUCAGAAAGCACUCAAUGAUUUCGCUUAAAUGACAGGGAUUUUAUCAUUCCAAUGUCACCAUCUAAAGCUGUGGUAUUCAAAGACAGGGUUGUGACCUCUAGUUGGUUGGGUUGUGUGGGAACUGCUGUGGGUUCAACCCCCCAUUAUUAAAAGUAAGCAAAUUGAGAGUACAGAUCAUUCUAUUUGACAUUAUACAAAUGUUUUUGAGAAAGAAUUUGAAAAAUACUAUUUUGAGUAAAUGUAUUUGAAUGGUUUCUUUUAAUUUUAAUAAGAGAAACUUAAAUUCAUUACAUUUUUAUUUGUUGAUGUAACAAUCGAAAUGUUUCCGUUUUUUAAGGUUGUGUCAUUAGCUCUGGGGUGGGGGGGUCUCGCGAAAGGAUUACGAAAGAAAGGGUUGGUCCCUCCUGAAAAAGUUAGAAUACCAAUGAUCUAUAGGCUUUUUAAAAUUAUUUUUUACAUCUGUCUCACUGUCUGCUGUCCUGUCAAUAAUUGAAAGUCAUCAACACAUGGACAGGUAUAUUGCUGUAGUCGAAGCUAACAUAUUUUUUAAAAUCAUGUGUCUUAGGUGAAUCUGGUUGGAGAUUUUUAUGAAUCCUCUUAAUGUUUAUAAGUUGUAAACCUUAUUUAUUCACUCCUUAUUAACAGUCAAACUUUACAUGCUUCCAGAAACAAAUGAUUGAUGCUGCUGGAAUAAUUUGAAGUACUAUCAACACUUAUUAUGUAAACUAAAGCUUAUGAAUAUCCCCCUCUUGUGGAAAGAGUACUUCUACAGUCAUUUUUUUCUUCCUUGACAAAGUAUUUGAGGUGAAGGGGCAUCAUAUAUGAAUGGGGGUUUAGUUUGAAGGUUUAAGCUCUAAAUUUGUUUACAGCAUAUAAGCGAGAUUUAGUUAAUUGUAUUUAAGCCUAGCUAAGGCUCUAAACUGCACACAUGAUUGUUGCUCAAUAUGUUUUUAGGUGAUUUGAUGGAUUUUAAUACAUAGUCUUGAGUAGACUAGAAUGCACAUCUCAGUAUCUUUAACUUAGAUGUAAAAGUAAUAUGUGUAGGAUGACAGCUUCAUUAGGCCUUAUAAGCACAGGGAAACCAGGGCAUUUGUUACAACUAAUAUGUUGAAUUCUAUAGCAAACAUUGACCUUUUUUAACAUGUCUAAGAUUAUUUUCCUCUUGUAAUCAAAUUCUUCUGUUGUACUAAAAAGGACUCUACCAUAGUGCCUUCCAUGUUAUGCAUAAUACUCACACACGGUCACCUUUGUUUUCAUAGAUCAAUAGCUCAGUGCAGUGUCUGUUCUGUUGGAGCCUGCUGGUUUAAUUAAUAUUGACAAUAUUAUGCCCCUCGCAGGUUUUUAACAGGCAGUCGGUAGAUUGUUUGCCAAUUUCUGAUCCAGGAGCUGUGGGAGAGUUUAGAGAGGGUGUCACAUGUACAUCAUUAGCAUGUUGGUUCUGUUUUUAUUUAUUGGUGGAGGUCAGAAGGAUUUGACUUGCCUUUUAGAAGCACUAGCAGCACACCGACAGGAAUCAUUCUCCUGAUAGUUGUAUGUCAUUUCUUGAGACUGUUUAGCUUCGACUGGACUCUGAAAACUGCUAUUUGCUCAGACCUUGUUAUUGCAAUAAUUUGGACAAUAACAUGUCCCUGUACAAACUGUUCUCUGUACGGCCUGGCCCUCUCCCCAAUAGGUCAAUUGCAGAGAAGUAGCUUGACAAUAACAUGUUCUGAAAACUGAAAAGCACUGUCCAAGACUCCAGCCCUCCAUACCUACUUGACACUUAUGCCUGUUUCACUGCGUUACCUAUGAAAUUGAAGGUGACCCCUUUUCACACCACAGGUUAAGGGAACAAUGUUGGGGUACAGGGAGGAUUUGAAUGGGGUUACGAAACAGUUGUGCAUUUUAGGUGUUGGUUUGAUGUGGGCAUUUUUAUGGGUAAGUGAUGGUAGGACAGAGAUUCACUUUUUUUUGCUGUAACUGUGGUAAGGGACCUAUUUUCUGCCUCCUAUUUGUCCUAUCUGUUUAGUUAUGUUCUGCCUUUUUAAUCUCCAGUGGGAUGUUUCCUUUCACUUAACUGUAUUUUUGUUUUCAAAUUAUAAAUACUAAAUGGUAACUGGAAUGUGAUUUAACUGUAAUGACUGUACUUUAAUCAAGACUAAUGAUCAUGAUUUAAUCUGUCAUCAAUGGUGAACUGCUGUAUUUUCAUGUAUAUGCCACCAGUGACUGUUUUAAAUGUGUCAAACUUAGUAUGCACAAUGAUCCAGAUCGAUGUACAUGUUUUACAUAAAUGGGACUUAUGCGGAACUUCCACUUAACUUGCCCUACACCA